AGUCACUCCAUGUUCUGUCCAUCGACGAGAUUGUACCAUCACCUCAAGACUCCUUUUCCAUCCAUUGGGCGCUGCGGAGGGCCUCUGUGAUGAUAGAUUUCAUUGAAAAUCCUAUCAUUGCAGCUUCUUCGAGCAGUCUUGCAUCUGGUUUUGCGCAAUGCUGCGCACGCGAGCUGCGGCCAACUCGAAGCAUGCCCUUCAAUAUGUCCAACAGGCGGCAGAAAGAAUACAGUUACCGUGGCUGUGUCCCGCCCUCGCUCAACCGUAUACUGCCAGACACAAGCACAGAUCAAUAACCACACGUCCCACGGUGUCGCGCCCAAAAACUUUGCCUGCGCCUAUCACCCAGUCUAGACAUCUCGCCUCCCCAGCGUCCGCACACGAAAACUUUGACCGCAGCGAUGAAUAUAUCCCUUUCACCUAUGGCAACCGAGAAUAUCCUAUAACACAGAACCCGCAUCGAUCUUCCAAAAGUGACCUUUCUCCUUUCGACCUCUCUCAGAUAUUGAUGCUCGACGCCGCUGAGCUGCUCGAAGAUCACCUCGAGAGCAAUGCGGGCAACAACAAGCUGAGGAAUAUUGAUGAGAUCGAGGCCACCCUAGACGCUUGUCUCCAAGUCCACCGGUGGGAUCGGGCAUUCACACUCCUGUCACAGUUGAGCCUCUUCUGUCAAAAUAAUCCCGCUCGAUUGAGAAACUCAUUCAACCGCGUUCUUGCCGCUAUGGUGGACGAUCUCAUAUGGAGCCGCAAUACCCAUCAUGAAAAACAGAUAAAUGAAUGGAUUGAGGUGCACAUGAGAAAAGCGGACCUGGAACCAGACGCUCAUACCUUUGCGUUAAAAUUAAAGGCGGCGUUGGAGACCUUGGUUGGAUCGAAAAGAGACCGGACAGUACGCCGCUACUGGGAUAUGACCAAAAAGUACCAAUUGGAGAGCAAGGUUCUGAGUAUGCGAGAUGUUCUGGAUGACAGAGAUCUUGGGAAACUCUCUGAAAUCUGUACAAUCGAAGUUACCGCCCGUCAGGCGGAGCCUUUUCCCGACACCCUACCGCCAGACUCAGUGCGGACCGAAUCUAUGGAGAAAGAGCAAGUCCAUGUUCGAGAAACAGAACAAAAGGGAUUGGGUUUGUCUUCGCUUAGACGCUCGCUGUCUCUCUUCUCCGAACAGACGGAAAACAUUGUCGAGACAAGGUCGGAAGAAGACCCCCUUACACAACGGCAACGACGGCUGGAGAGAGACGCAAUCCAAUCCGCUCUCGACCGGUGGAAGGCCGAAUUCCAGAAAAGAGCUAGCAUAGGGAUUCUGCCCACGGAUCUCGCUCAUGGCGAAAUUGGAGCUUUACUUUGGCAAUGGCAUGAGAUAAUGGCUGAAAAGAUCAAGCAGGAGAUCAAGCUAGCUAGGGAAGAGGAUGAACUGGCUGGUCCAAAGUCAGCACAGCAGAAACUCAGAGCCGAGUGCUCGCCAUUUCUUGAGCUGCUACCUCCGGAGCAUGUGGCUGCUGUCACCUCCAUCGCCUUGAUGCAGAUCAUGAGCAAGGUGGGCGCUUCGAAAUCAGUCAAGCUAGUCCGGCUGGUCACUUCACUGGGACAGACUCUCGAAAAUGAAUACAACGCGACGAACAUCAAUCGGGAAAGAAAUGCCAUGCGCAAGGCAAAGAGACAAGGAAUCAUCGAAUCCCCAUUCGAGCAUGAAGCAACGCUAUCCUCGCAUCUGCAUAGACGCUCAUCUCACCAUGCUGCUCGACCGUUUGUGUACAGUAAAGAGUGGACCAAAGCAAUACACGGGAAGGUCGGGGCUGUACUUUGUGAACUUAUGUUCGAGACUGCCAAGAUCACGAUCACGAGAAAGGACCCAAACACCGGAGCUGCACUUUCAAUGCCUCAGCCUGUCUUUCUGCAUUCCACUACCUAUCAUAAUGGCCGAAAGGUGGGUAUGGUGUCCCUGCAUGAAGAGUUUGUCAAGCUUCUAGUUAGCGAACCCGCAGAACAUCUGAUUGCCAAGCAAUUACCCAUGGUGUGCCCGCCCAAACCCUGGAAAGGCUUCUACGAUGGAGGGUUUCUGGAGUCCAAGCAACCAUUUCUCCGAAUCAAGCAGAACGAAACCGCGCAAAAGGACUACGGCAUCGCUGCUGCAAGCCGAGGUGAUCUGGACCAGCUAUUUGCUGGGGUUGACGUCCUUGGCAAGACUGGCUGGCGGAUCAACAAGGACGUGUUCUCCAUCAUGCUCGAGGCCUGGAAUAGCGGCGAAGAGGUCGCCAACCUCCCGCCUCUCAACAAAGUCUUCCCUGAAAUCGAACGACCUGGUGAGAAUGCCACGCAAAAGGAGCGCUGGGAGUGGUUCUCCAAGAUGCGCGCAAUGGACAACGAGCGAACAGGCAUCCAUUCGAAUCGGUGCUUUCAGAAUUUCCAGAUGGAGAUCGCAAAGGCCUACCUCAAUGAGACGUUCUAUUUGCCGCAUAAUAUCGACUUCCGCGGGCGUGCCUAUCCUAUUCCACCCUAUCUCAAUCAAAUGGGUGCCGAUAAUUGUCGAGGCCUCUUGUUGUUUGACAAAGGCCGUGAGCUGGGCAACGACGGACUGCGCUGGCUGAAAAUCCAUCUUGCCAAUGUUUACGGAUACGACAAGGCUAGUUUGUCUGACCGUGCCCAGUUUCCCAUGGACCACCUGGACGACAUUUACGACUCCGUCAAUAACCCUCUCAAUGGACGACGCUGGUGGCUCACCGCGGAGGAUCCGUGGCAAUGUCUAGCCACUUGUUUCGAAUUGACCAACGCUCUCGCGAACCCCGACCCUACGAAGUUCGUUUCCAGACUGCCAAUUCAUCAAGAUGGCUCGUGCAAUGGACUGCAGCAUUACGCUGCCCUAGGCGGGGACCUCGCUGGAGCCCGGCAAGUCAACUUAGAACCGGGCGACAAGCCUGCCGACGUUUAUAGCGGUGUGUGCGAGCUAGUCAAGGCUGAAAUCAAGGAAGACGCGGCCAAGGGUGACUCGCUGGCAAAACUGCUUGACGACAAAGUUACACGCAAAGUGGUCAAGCAGACGGUCAUGACUAACGUCUACGGGGUCACCUUCCUUGGCGCGAUUCGCCAGGUGCGAAAACAGGUGGAAGUCCUGAUCCCGGAAGUUGAGGCUGCUGGGCUUUCAGGCAAAGCAUCGACGUACAUUGCAAGAAAGAUCUUCAGAGGUCUUGGUGCACUGUUCACUGGAGCCCACGAAAUCCAGUACUGGUUGGGCGAUUGUGCCAACCGUAUCAGCUCCUCGAUCUCGCCCGCACAGCAAGAAAGAAUUUACGAAAAGGAAGCCUCUGGCGUGCCGAAGGCUAAAGAACGAUCAGGCCGAAGCAAAGCCAAGGGCAAGGAGGUAUUGGAGUCAGCAGCAUUCCGGUCACCGGUCAUUUGGACCACACCUCUCAAAUUGCCUGUGGUGCAGCCCUAUCGCAUCAAUAAGGGAUUGACGAUCCAAACCAAUCUCCAGAGCAUCACACUGGCCCAACCGAGUGUUGCAGACGCUGUCAACAAGAGAAAGCAGUUGCAGGCAUUCCCUCCGAACUUCAUCCAUUCCCUUGAUGCGACGCAUAUGGUCCUCUCGGCUUUGAAGGCCAACGAACUUGGGCUCAGUUUCUCUGCCGUGCACGACAGUUUCUGGACUCACGCUGCCGAUGUCAAUUCUCUCAAUGAACUCUUGCGAGAUGCUUUCAUCCGAAUGCAUAGCGACGACAUCAUCGGGCGGCUUGCGGCCGAAUUCAACAAGCGGUACGACGGUCAUUUCUACUUGGCGCAAAUUAACAAGUCCAAUAUGCUUGGGAAAGCCAUCACCGAGUACCGUAGGCAGAUGGUCGCCGAAGGAGUCUUUCCUGCAGGGAAUGGGUUGAAGAGCAUCCAGAAAAGACGGCAUGCUGAAUUGUUGCGAGAAAUCCGAAAGAAGAAAUUAAUGGCCAGUGAUGAUCCUAAACAGAAGGAGGAGGGCGAGCGGAUGGUAACAGCGGCCAGUCUAUACGACCAAUACGAUGGAGAUAAGUAUUUGUUUCAUCGUGACUCUUUGGGAGAGACAGCCAUCGGCGCUAUCCCCGAGACUAUGGAUUGUGCCAAAGAGGAGAUUGUGGAUGCAGCCCUCAACGCGAGCGGAGUGUCUGAUGACAUCGACCUAGCAAGCACUUUGGAUCCGCUGAGAGAUUCGGUCGCCAACGACAAUGACGAAGACACCAUCGACAUCGGCAAGGCCGGCGAUACCAUGCACGAUGUAACCCCAUCGGACCCAGUCGCAAAGGCACACCAAGUUGCUGUAAAUGCCUUCGGGCAGAGGCUCCGAACACAAAAGAGAAAGACUGGCCAGAAGAGCCAGAACAACCAAAUAUGGUUGUGGCUGCCCAUCAAGUUCCGACCUGUGCCUAAAAGGGGUGACUUUGAUGUCAACAGGCUGAAGGACAGCACUUACUUCUUUUCGUGAAUGUAUUACAUUCUGGAAACCAAUGAAAGAGGAGGCGUCUUUUGCACGGUGCAGGUGCACGCAAUGUGACAUUUUAGCAGCAAGGAGUUUGGAAAGAGAGGAGAGAUCAUGAAAAAGCUCAUGCAUGAUUAAAAGGUGUUUGCAUACAGCAUGGGCAUUCCCAACAGGCGGGGAUGCGGAACCGAAAUUCGGCUGUACAGGGCAAAUUCGAGUGAUGUUCCACCCGCUCAAAAUGUAUAUUUGUAUAUAUACCAGCUCUCCGCAUUGGAUCUGGGAUGUGAGAUAUUACAGAGAGAGGAUCUUUGUUACAUACCUGCUUAUCGAGCCCUCUCUAGCUCUGCGAGGACCAAGGGACAUGGCCGGUGAGGAUGGAAAAUGUAAAUUAUACACGUAACAUGGCAAAUUCGCGUUGUGCUCGAGGAGACC